GAUUUCCCGGCCUUUUCUGUUGACCACAAUUUGGCGGUGAGGUGGUGCCUGUUGCACCUUGCACCACAGUAUUAUUCCACACACAACAUAGUAUUUCAGUUGCUGGCGAUCGAUCAAUCUCUCUUGAGACCAUUAUACAGUAAACCAUGGUGGCCAAUCGUCUGUUUCGCCUAGUCCGGCCCUUCUCCAGACGAUCCUUGAUGAAAGAAGACGACAAUAAUGAGGAAAUGUCGGUGGAAGACGUACCAGACCUUCCACCCAAGACCAUCUACAUUCCCUGCAGAAAGCCUUCCAAAAAGCCAAAACUAGUCCGAGCGAGUAGCCUCAGUGCGGGUGUAUUUAUCAAGGAGGAGGACGACAACAUCCACAGGGAACAACGACGAGCAUCGUACAAUGUUAGUGAUAACUACAUGCAAAAGCCGACAUCGGUCAAGUGUCGCAAGUUUUCCUGGGAUGGAGGAGUUCCGCUAGUAGAGAAAAUCAGCAGCAAGAGCAGCAACAAUACACGGAUCCAACAAGUAGUACUCCAUCAUCGACCCUUUCUGGCCAUUCUCCUCUUGGUGACACUGGCACUGGCAGCCGGGACACUGGGUGAUGACGAGACAGCACCAACAAGAGGCAAGGAACGUGGAACACCAUUGCCCGCAUUUGCCAGCAAGAAGGAAGGAAUUGCGCAAGACAUGUACCAGGCUUACAAACAAUUGGAAGAGGAGUACCAUGCCAAAGCCUUUCGACCCGAUAAUGAGCACAAAUGGAGAGUCGUCAAUGAAAAAGAUGGAGCCAAAGUAUCACUCUUGGAGCACGAGUCCGAUCCUACGUGCCCCUAUGUGAGAAUGGAAACACUCAUUCCAACUUCGGUGGCAUCCUGCUGGGAGUUUUUGAAAAUUGAAAACUGGGGGUGGAGUAUGCCCAAGAUGGACCCUUUUUAUGACACGCAUUCGGUUCAUGCCAACUAUACACAUCAAGGUGUCAAUAUGAUUCUAGUACAAAAGAAAACUCAUCGCAUCUUGGCCUUUGGGAAACGCGACUUUGUCUUUCUCAGUGUCACGGAUUUGCCUCUGGAAGAUGGAACCUGGGUAUCGGGCUCGGUCAGUGUUCAAACACCCGAUGUGCCGCGGUCGCCAUCCUACACACGGGCCUUUCAAGAUUCCAUUGCCUUUUACAAACCCAUUCAAGACAAGAAUGGUCAAGAGCAGUGCCAUUUGACCAUUGUCUGUCGGAUUGAUCUCAAUGAUUCUGGCGAAAGUGGCAGUGGAGGAUGGAUUCCCAUGUGGCUCUACGUCAAGACGAUUGGAGCGACCGGGAUCAAGUCUGUCUUGAAAAUGAAAGACGCUUUGCUAGAAAUGCAACAAGAACAAAAGGCCAUGCAGCAGGAGGCCUACGCACCAGCACCAGCCAAAGAUACCGUUGCCAGUGCACCAACCGCCUCUCAAUUAAUGUCUCGGGCGAAACCACCAACACCAGCGCCAAUACUAUCUUCUUCAAUCUUUACAUCAAAGAUUCUUCAAGGCGAAACCGACAAUCAGCAACAACAGGAAACUGACAAAUCACCACAAUCUGAAGAGUCGUCUUCCACAUGGUGGAGCCGACCACGAGGAGGCGCCUUUGGAGGAGGUCUCCUAUCGUUCCGUCCACCACCAAAACCGACAACAGCCGAGCAGGUAGCAGACAGGUGGAAGCCAUUGUACCAAGUCUUUACCCACUACUCCCCAAAGCCAACAACUCAAUUGGUAGCAAUCAAGAAUACCUGGGGAACUCAUCAAAAGGAAAUGAAUGAUGAAAAUUCCAAACCGUCGUUGCCCAAUUGGUUUCGACGACUUCCUAUGAUUGGAGACCGAUUCGGUGGAAGUGGGUCGUCUCGAUGACACGAACGCCAAUAAAGACGUUAUUGUCUAAUGGAAACGAAAUAACGACAUGCUAUGAUGUCCGUUGCUAUUGCUGCUAUAUCUGUGGUUGGUUGGUUGUAGCUUCCGUAUUUUAAAAUCAUAAUGACAGGAUGAGAUAUCUACAAAUCCAUCGACACCAAAAGUAACCAUUAUGCUAUUU